AUGAAGCCCGUCCUCUUCGCGCUUGUCCUCCUCUGCUACCUCCUGACCCUGAGCGGCAACUCCGCGCUCGCGCUGCUGGCGGCGCGCGACCCGCGCCUGCACACGCCCAUGUACUACCUCCUCUCCCACCUGGCGCUGGUGGACGCGGGCUUCACCACGAGCGUGGUGCCGCCGCUGCUGGCCUCCCUGCGCGGCCCGGCGCUCUGGCUGCCGCGCGGGGGCUGCCUGGUCCAGCUGAGCACGUCGCUGGCGCUGGGCUCGACCGAGUGCGUCCUGCUGGCCGCGAUGGCCCUGGACCGCGCGGCCGCCGUGUGCCGUCCCCUGCGCUACGCCGGGCUCGCCGCGCCGCGCCUCUGCCGCGCGCUGGCCGGCGCCUCCUGGCUCGGCGGCCUCGCCAACUCCGCUGCGCAGACGGCGCUCCUGGCGACGCGGCCGCUGUGCAAGCCCCGCCGGCUGGACCACUUCAUCUGCGAGCUGCCCGCGCUGCUCAAGCUGGCCUGCGGCGGCGGCGGAGACGCCACCGAGAGCCAGAUGUUCGCCGCCCGCGUGGUCAUCCUGCUGGUGCCUUCCGCCGUCAUCCUGGCCUCCUACGCCGCGGUGGCCCGGGCCAUAUGUCGCAUGCGGUCCAGCGGUGGCCGGAGAAAAGCGGUGGGCACGUGCGGGUCUCACCUGACAGCUGUCUGCCUGUUCUAUGGCUCGGCCAUCUACACCUACCUGCAGCCCACUGACCGCUACAAGCAGCGGCGCGGCAAGUUCGUUUCGCUCUUCUACACGGUGGUCACACCGGCCCUUAACCCGCUUAUCUACACCCUCAGGAAUAGGGAAGUGAAGCGGGCAGCGAGGAGGCUUCUGGGGAGUCUGGGGAGAGGGCAGGCCAGACAGUGA